AUGGUCAUGUUACUCAUUAUAUUACUUGUUGUAAGUAGAUAUGUAUUUGGCAGUACGACAGCAUUCAUCUGUCCACAGCAAAAUGGCUUAUUUGGAAGUGUUAAUAAUCGCCAUCAAUUUUAUCAUUGUGCUAACGGCAUUGCUUAUCUAAAAGAAUGUCCAUUACAUUUGAGUUGGUCUCAAGAACAUCAACAAUGUGAUUGGGAUAAAUAUGAAGAAACGUCGUCGCCGACAACACCCACAACAUCAUCAUCAACAACAAGCACAAGAUUAUCAUCAAUAAGCACAGCAUUAUCAUCAACAAGCACAACAUUAUCAUCAACGACAGCAACAGCUGAUCCGUCAUGUCCAUCAUCUGCUCAGUUGCUUACAUUCGAUGAUAUUCCUGAUGCUUCUCGAAGUGAAUCCUUUAUCCCAAGUUAUUAUGGCAAAAUCUAUUGGGAAUUAUUUAACUAUUUAAAUGUAACUGAUUUUGAACAACGAAAUGGUACGAAUAUCAGCUCCGCUGUUUUGAAAUCUGGUGAAUAUGUUGCUGUAACAAAUGGAAAACUUACAAAGUUAAUGUUUUCAUCUCCGGGAAAUUUGUAUUCAUUUUGGGUAUCGAAUGUUUGGAAUGCCGGUUAUCAAUUUACCGGCAUUAUUUAUGGAAAAUUACGUGGUCUGCAUAAAUAUACAAAAUCAUUAACAUUUCCAAACAAUGGGCCACACCUGAUUGAAUUAAAUUGGAAAGAAAUUGAUUUGGUUGAAAUAUCGACUUCAUCAGGACGGCCACAAUCACAAGUACCAUCAUCUUAUGCAGCAAAAUUUGCACUUGAUAAUAUGUGUGUUGAAAUUAUGUAG